GAGAGCGCGCACAGCGACUUGUUCCUGCAGAGACACACAAACAUGGCGGCGUCGCUGAUGCGGUUUGUCCGCGGUGGCUUCGGGAGAAGUUUGAACAUUGUGAGGAGUUCGUGUCUCCAGCAGCAGAUCAGACCUCAGAGCUCCACCACUGAAACCAGUCCCACCACCAGGCCCUCGGACGCCAUCGCUCACAACCAGCUGGCAGCGUUUGGAGAGUAUGUGGCUGAGAUGAUGCCCAAAUACAUCCAGCAGGUCCAGGUGACCUGCUUUAAUGAGCUGGAGGUGAUGAUUCACCCUGAUGGAGUGAUCCCCGUGCUCACCUUCCUCAGGGACCACACCAACGCCCAGUACAGGAACAUGAUUGACCUGACUGCUGUCGACAUCCCAACACGGCAGAACCGCUUUGAGAUCGUGUACAACCUGCUGUCGCUGCGCUACAACUCUCGUAUCCGAGUCAAGACGUACACGGACGAGUUGUCGGCGGUGGACUCUGCAGUGCCCGUCCACAAGGCCGCCAACUGGUAUGAGAGGGAGGUGUGGGACAUGUUCGGUGUGUUCUUUUCCAACCACCCAGACCUGAGGCGGAUUCUGACAGACUACGGCUUCGAAGGACAUCCCUUCAGAAAGGACUUUCCUCUGUCGGGAUACGUUGAGGUCCGUUAUGAUGACGAGGUGAAGCGGGUGGUGGCCGAGCCCGUGGAGCUGGCGCAGGAGUUUAGAAAGUUUGACCUGAACACGCCCUGGGAGGUGUUCCCCGCCUACCGAGAGCCCAAAGACUCUGCUCCCAAACUGGAGGCCGGGGUCGACGCCCCUGAGAAGAAGUGACGUCCUGUUGUGUAGUCUGUAGAAACACAAACACACAACAUGCUCUGUUUGUGUCAUUGUGGGACUCAAUACCCUGAACAACCUGAAAUAUUUAUGUAAAUAAUAAUAAAACGAUCUUUAAAUGAA